AUGGACGCGAAACGUACUAUAGGCAUCGCACCGGACUCCGACUGUGUAAAAGGAGUGAUUGCAUGUCAAUGCGAACUAGGUCGAGAAAAGCUACUGACAGCUCCACCUUACAAUAGGGUGUCCUCGCCUCAAGAUGAGAACAAGUCGCGGUACUCUACUGCACCUUGCGCUCGGGAUAUCGACCAAAACAAGUGUCCUAUUAGCCACGUUCUUAUCACAUUUAAAUCGCCAUUGCAUCCAAACGAAGUGUUCAAUAAAGUGUUCCCCGCCAAUACUGCAAUUAAAUAUGUCAAAAAGAAACUUGCCAAAUUGCUAGGCCUGUCAAAUAAUAAUAUACUUUUAACCAAAAAUAGGACUGUAUUGAAGGACUCAAGCCUCGUAUCAGAUUUGAAAACUGAUGUACUCGGUAAUCUUGUUAUUGAUGUCUUCACCAAAGAUUCCGAAGAAUUUUCUUUAUCAUCCAUACCAAAAGAAUCGUACGUCCAUGAUCUUCUUCAUGCAGUUAUGCCAAAAAAGAAAGCAAUGCCUUUUAUUGCAAUAAAAUUUAACAUUCGUAAUCAAAACGGGAUAUUCACUCGCUCAUACCAUUCUAUCAUGAAAAUUCACGAGGUGAAAAAGAAUUUAGCUGGUCUGUUUGAUACUGCACAUGACAAUUUAGUUCUGUUAAGAAGAGAGCAACCACUUCAAGACCGAAUGGCACUUUUAGAUCUUGAUUAUGAUAAAUAUGGUAUCGCCGAAGUUGAACUGUUAACAAAAAAUAAUGAAAAACUACGUUUAGAAAAAUUAUACAAAGAGUUGCCGAUCAAUGAUGUACUAAGUGUGAUGGUACCUUUUGGUAAUACUAUAAAGCAAAUUAACGUGGAAAUAUUUACAGAGCUUAUUGAGAAACCAUAUUUAGGGGGCUACAGAAAUAUAUUUACUGGAAUCGAGUACCAUCAUGCAUAUACGCAAACGCCACAAAAACCAGAAAAGUUACCGCCUGAAAAAAAAAACUGUAGAGAUACACAAACGGCAGAAGAACGGGAAAAAAUAUACGAUACGGAUUAUAGUCGAGCAACUCAAAUGAAUUGUGUUAAAGCAUACAUCCCGAGUGUGAAUGAUAAGAUAAUAACCCCGAAACCAUACGAGACUUUUGAAGAAAUGAAACGACGUUUGAAUCAUGACCAUUACGCUUCGAUUAUUCAAAGAGCAUUUAAGCACUACCAGUUUCGGAUCAAAGUGGAAAGAUGGCUAAAAGAAUGCAGAGAUAGAAUAAACAGAAUGCGCGAACAAGACCAAAAAGAACAGGAAGCGAUGCAAAGGCGUCUGCAGAGAGAUCUUGUGACAAAAACAUUCCCGAAAACACGUCAAGAUUUUGAUCAACUUUAUGCUAUGGUAGACCGCUGGAAGCACGCCGAAAUAGCUAGGAUAUCACAACUACAUUCAAAAGGACCUAAAAUUGCUGAAUUUACUUUACUGCUUGAUAAGGAAGUAGAACUACUGCGUUGCAUUGAAGCAUACAGAAUUAAAAUAAAAGAAGACAGUCGAAAAAUAAAGGAAGAACGUUUCUUAGAAGAAAUAUCGAAGCCCGUUGCAUGGUACGGACGCAGCGGUAAACUUAUUACUAUGGACACUAUUGAAAUACAAAGAGCUAGGAGAUUAAAAGAAUUAUAUAAUUCGUUUAUACGUGAAGAUACGGAGGUAAAGGAACGAUUAGAACUUUUAGUUGAUAUGAAGUUUGCAUUACAAGAAUUCAGACAUCCUUUAGCCGAAGAAAUAAUUACGCUCUUAGAUCAGGAAUGCGAUCUUCUUGUGCGACGAUAUAAUGGGUUUCAACUACAGUUCUUACGUCAGAGGGUAGCAGCGAGUAUAUUACGACUAAUCAAAACGUCGGAGCUAAAUUUCGGUGUAACUAAAUGCAAAGACAUCCGCGAAUAUAGACAAAUGGAGCAAAGUAGAUUGUACUUUUGCGAAUUAUGCCAUCAAGUCAAGGGUUACGCAGAGUUCCCGUUAAACACCAAGAUGAGUGGAUUCUUGGUGUGCACAUCUUGUUCUUGGAAAGACGUAAAUGAACGGAGUUGGGUGGACAUGACGCCUUACAAGUUUAUUUUACGAGCAGUACAAAGAGAGGAGCGCCGUCGGAAGUGUUGGGGAUCCUUAGCCUUUGUAUUACAAGAGAAAGAUAUAUUCUUCAUUGUUGAAAAACUGUGGCAUUCACAUUCUGCAAUUAGCGAAUGCAAAGAUAUAACGGAAUUAAGACUGUGCCGUUGGCGUGUGAACGACGAUUGGUCUCCAUGGAACUGUUUCUUGGUUACGGUGCAAGAGAUGAAAGCCCACCUCAAGCUUCAGAAUCCUCAAGACGUAUACGACGAAGAGCUGGUGCAGAAAGUUGAAACUAAACACAAGUUGGCUAAGGCCAAUUUCGAGCAAUUAAUGUCUGUAAAUAAACGUUUCACGGAGAGUGGCGACUGGCAAAGCGUGCGUGCUCCAGCUGUGGCUCGGGUAAAUGCAGUCGAACCGAUUUGAUUUUAGAAAAAAAGUACUAGGAAAAGUUAUUGUAAUCAUACUUCUAUCGUUUAUAAAUGAAUAUGCAAUUUCGAAAAGGGCACAUGUCGCAUAUUUUGUCAAAUACGUUUUUUCAUAUACAUGU